AAAAUGAUAUGUUUAACUUCAAUUUCCUGUUCAAACCCCUCAAAAACGUGUAAGUACAAAAUAUCAAAACUUCCUUAAAACUUUACAGAUUGAAAUCCCCAUUGCCCGGACUUGUUAGCAAUAAAAAAAGUAAAACUUGUGACCUUAUUGUCAAUUAUAACAAAAUUAUUUAUUAAUUCAAAAAUAGGAAUAGUUUCUCAAUCUCUUUGAUUAUUAAUUAAUUAUUACAUUAUUUAAAUUUGAGUAGCACGCGGAGAAUAUCUUUUUGUCAAUUGGGAGCUUGUUGAUUAGAGCAAUGAAGAAGACGCAUGCUCUCUUGGCACAACUCCCGCUCAGUACCUCUCCUGUCGAGCAAGGGAGAGGAGGUACCUCUCGUUUUGUUUUUUUGUGCCGGUACUUGUUUUGGUUUUUUGCUGUUGUUUUUGUAGACAUUUUGUGCGAAAUUAAGCUUUUGGACUUUAUUUAGCAGUGUGCAACGCAUAUUUACAAAAAUGUUCAACCUACAAGUAGCUGUUUCUAGGCAUUGCAAGUAUGUGAUACAAAAACGCCGACUACAUUUCUCUCCAGUUCUAAGAAAUGAAAAUAAUAAACCGCUUGGUGUGGCUACCAGUAGCCUUAAGAUUGGUGUACCUAAAGAAAUCUGGAAAGAUGAAAGAAGGGUUGCCAUUACUCCUGGCGUUGCAGCUACUUUAAUUAAAAAAGGAUUUAAUGUUGAAGUAGAAGAAGGAGCUGGUAACAGUGCUAAAUUUCGUGACAGUGAUUAUGCAGCUAUUGGUGCUAAAAUUGGUUCAAAAAAAGACGUGUUUACUUCAGAUGUGAUUCUUAAAGUUCGUCAGCCAUUAGAAUCAGAAGUAGAGCUUUUCCAACCAGGUUCUACCUUAAUAUCAUUUCUGUAUCCUGGACAAAAUAAGCCUUUGAUUGACAAAUUAGCUGAAAGAAAAAUAAAUGCUUUUGGUAUGGACUGCAUUCCUCGUAUCUCUAGAGCCCAAGUAUUUGAUGCUCUUAGCUCUAUGGCUAACAUUUCAGGAUAUAGAGCUGUAAUUGAAGCAGCAAAUCAUUUUCCCAGAUUUUUCGCAGGGCAGAUAACAGCUGCAGGCAAGGUUCCACCUGCAAAAAUUCUUGUUAUUGGGGGUGGAGUAGCUGGUCUUGCUGCUAUAGGGCAGGCGAGAAACAUGGGUGCUAUAGUGAGAGCUUUUGACACGAGAUCAGCUGUGAAAGAACAGGAAGAGGGUGCUACUGCUGGAGGCUAUAGUAAAGAAAUGUCCAAAGAAUUCAUAGCAGCUGAAAUGGCAUUGUUUGCUAAGCAAGCUAAAGAUGUAGAUGUUAUAAUAACAACUGCUUUGAUUCCUGGGAAAAAAGCUCCAGUUCUCAUUUUGAAGGAGCAUAUUGAUGCAAUGAAACCUGGCAGUGUAGUAGUUGAUUUAGCUGCUGAAACUGGUGGCAAUAUUGAAACUAUUAAACCUGGACAAAUUUAUACCUACAAUGAUGUUACUCAUAUUGGUCUUACAGACUUUCCUUCAAGACUCCCUACUCAAAGUUCUACACUAUACGGAAACAAUAUUUCUAAAUUCUUGUUGUCAAUGAGUCCAAAGGAUCAUUUUUACAUCGACCUUGAAGAUGAAGUUGUGAGAGGAGCUAUGGUUUUAAAUAAAGGUGAACUGAUGUGGCCACCUCCUCCACUCGCCGUACAAGCCACUCCUCCACCUCCAAAGGUGACCACAGCGAUAGCAAAAGUGGAGCCUAAUCCUUUCCUGUCUACUAGUAAAGAAGUAAUGCUAUAUACUGCAGGAUUAUCAAGUGUUUUGGCAUUGGGUUAUGCAGCUCCAAAUACUGAAUUUUCUGCAAUGGCUUCGACUUUGGCUUUAUCUGGUUUGGUUGGUUACCAUACUGUAUGGGGUGUUACUCCUGCCUUACAUUCACCCUUGAUGUCUGUUACGAAUGCUAUCUCUGGGAUAACUGCUGUUGGUGGACUUCUUCUCAUGGGUGGAGGUUACUAUCCUACCAAUCCAGUUGAGACAUUAGCUGCUGCUGCUGCUUUUAUUUCCUUCAUUAAUGUGUUUGGAGGAUUUAUCGUUACUAAAAGGAUGUUGGAUAUGUUCAGAAGGCCAGGAGACCCACCAGAUUAUAACAGCCUUUAUUUGGUACCAGGUUCUGCGCUAUUAGGUGGAUAUGCCCUGGGUGUUCUAUAUUCCUACCCCGAAAUUCAUCACAUGGCAUCUCUUGCUGCUUCUUUGUGUUGCGUUGGCGCCCUUGCAGGUCUUAGCUCUCAAAGUUCUGCGAGAGCAGGAAACAAUUUGGGCAUUAUUGGUGUUACUGGUGGUAUCGCUGCUACUCUUGGCUACCUGGGUCCUGAUGUUGCCACACUGAUGCAAAUGGGAGCGUGCGUGGGAGUUGGAGGUCUCAUUGGUUCCUUAGUCGCUAAGAAAAUACAAAUCACUGACUUGCCUCAGCUGGUUGCCGCAUUCCACAGCUUGGUUGGAUUGGCUGCAGUUCUGACGUGUGCUGCUACAUUUAUUCAUGAUUUCCCUACCUUGGCGACUGACCCAGCAGCGGAAGUUAUUAAGACAGCAUUAUUUCUGGGAACAGUUAUUGGAGGUGUAACAUUCAGUGGAUCACUUGUGGCUUAUGGUAAACUGCAAGGCUUAUUGAAUUCAUCUCCUCUUCUUCUACCCGGACGACAUGCUUUAAAUGCAUCUUUACUAGCUCUUAAUGCUGCUUCAAUGGGAUAUUUCUUUAUGGAUGGUAGCCUUACCGGAGGAUUGGCCAGUUUAGGAGCAGCUACAGCCUUGUCUACCACGAUGGGAGCCACUCUUACUGCAGCAAUUGGAGGUGCAGAUAUGCCAGUGGUAAUAACUGUUCUAAACAGCUAUUCUGGCUGGGCUCUUUGUGCUGAAGGUUUUAUGUUGAACAACAACCUGAUGACCAUCGUUGGUGCAUUGAUUGGAUCUUCCGGUGCAAUCCUGUCGUACAUCAUGUGCAAGGCUAUGAAUAGAUCGCUUCCAAAUGUCAUAUUAGGAGGCUAUGGAACGUCAUCAACUAAAGGUGGGAAGCCAAUGGAAAUAACUGGAACACAUACAGAGGUUUCAGUGGACAAUGUUGCUGAAAUGAUUUCCAAUGCCAAAAACAUAAUUAUUACUCCUGGACGUAUGCCUGGACAACUUAAUGUCCUAUUAGCAGAAGCUGGUGUUCCUUACGAUGAUGUCCUCGAAAUGGAGGAAAUAAAUGAUGAUUUUACUGAAACUGAUCUCACUCUCGUAAUUGGUGCCAAUGAUACUGUCAACAGUGCUGCUGAAGAUGAUCCUAAUUCUAUAAUUGCAGGAAUGCCAGUUCUCAGAGUUUGGAAUUCGGAGCAGGUCAUUGUUAUGAAGCGUUCCUUGGGUGUCGGUUAUGCUGCAGUUGACAACCCAAUAUUCUAUAAGCCAAACACUAGUAUGCUUCUUGGAGACGCAAAGAAAACCUGUGAUAUGCUUCUUAAUAGAGUAAAACAAUUGUAUAAUGAAUCUCCUGCUGCAUAAAUCAAAACUAAAAGAUCUGUAUGUUUAGUCAUUAAUUGUGGCAUUUUAUUAAAUUUUUAUUGCCAAUAUCAGUGGCUGAUAUUGAAAGUUAACGAGGCCCAUAAAAAUCCUAGGCAUCACUUGUAAUUUUUUUUUAUUAACAGCUGAUAUGAUUUUUAGUAGCGUGUAUGAUGGAUAUCCUGAAAUCAGCUAAAAUUUUCUGACUGUUUGAGCUACUUUGUUGAGGUUUGUUUUUUAAGCACUUUUGUCAAUUUAUUGCUUUUAUAUAUGAUGCGAUGCAUUUAAAAAUAAUACUAUUCCUUAUUUUUUAAUUAUAUAUAGCUUGUAAAACUUGAGCUCGUAAUAUAAAUGUCCUAUGUACAAUUAUUUGUGUUUUCGAAGAAGUUGUUAAGUUAUUUUCUUUUGAUUUCAUUAAAAUUCUUGUUGAAAGGUAGGUAUUGAUUCUGCUGUUUGUUGACUUGUAUAGAACAAGAUAGCAAAUCUUGUAAGGUCACUGAUUAACUAUAUCCUGCCUUAAAAUAGUUAUGUUUUAUUUAGUUUUAAAACAAUACCCAAAAUUAUUACAUAUAAUUAAUACCUUGAGGUUAUAUUUCCAAUUGGAGUAUAAAUGAAGUUUUUUCAUUAUUAAUAAAUUUUCAUCCAGUGUCAAAAGUGUGCCUUUAUAAGUAUGUAGUAACUGGUGAGAUUGUAUAGUCAUAAACAUUACCUUAAGAAACAAGAUGAGACUGAGUAUUUAUGGCCUGAUAAUUGUAGAUAAUAUUCCAACCUUGUAACAAUCUGUAUAAACUUUAAGGAAUGUUUUAAGGCUAAUUCAUGCAAAUGAAAUGGUGUGCCCGUUUUUUAAUAUUUUUGGAGUUUGAUGAAGUUUUAAGAUAGGUUUUGAUGAUAGAAGUGGCAAGGUUGUUAACUUUCAUUUUUAACGCAUAAUAUUUAUAUAAAGUAUAUAUAUUUUUAACAGAUUUAUCUAUUUCAAUGUAUAUUGUCUAUAGUACUUAACGGUUCAUAAAUUUUAUUUAUAACAUCACUUUAAUUAUAUAUUUGAUCCAUAAAAAACUGUACUUUUUUUUUAAUUAAAAAAAAAAGAAGAAAAUAUGACAUAUUACAAAUUUGAUAUUGUGUUUUCAGAAAUGUUUUAUCUUUUAUUAUAAUUACAUUGUAUAUUUUAAAUAUUUUGUAUGUAUAACCAGUCAUCUGCAUUUGAUAAUAGUUGACUACAUUCCAUGUUUGUUAUUUUGUUUGUUCAUUAUGUUUCUUGUAAUUCAUUUUUUUAAUAAAUGAAUUUUUGAAAGUUUU